GCUGGAGGCUGGGAGCAAAGGCUGCUCUGAGCUCUGGCAACUUGCUCACACUUUGGCUCCUGUUCAGAGCAGGCGCUGAGCGGGACCAGCUACGGUUCACCCACCUUCCACCGUUCUCUGCCUGCCCUGAGCCUCUGCCCCAAACCCAGCCGCCGUCCGCCGACCACCGCUCUCCACUACCCUGAGUUGCUGCCCCAGGCCCAGCUGCUGUCCACCGUCCGUCGACCUCUGCCCAUCCUGAGCCGCUGCCCCAGACCAGGGAAGCAUGGCCAGCGUGGACCAGGUCCUGGGGCAGGUGGGGGAGUUCGGAAGGUUCCAGAAGCAGGCCUUCCUGCUCCUGAGCCUGGUGUCGGCGCUCUUCGCCCCCAUCUACGUGGGCAUCGUCUUCCUGGCCUCCACGCCCCCCCACCGCUGCCGGAGCCCCGGGCUGGACGAGCUGGCCAGGCGCUGCGGCUGGAGCCCGGCCGAGGGGCUUAACUGGACGCUGCCCGGCCUGGGGGCGCUGGGGCCGUGCCACACCUACGACGUGGACUGGAACCGCAGCCUGGGCUGCGGGGACCCCCUGGCCGGCCUGGCCCCCAACGGGAGCCGCCUGCCGUUCGGGCCCUGCCUGCACGGCUGGGUGUACGACACGCCGGGCUCCUCCAUCGUCACCGAGUUUGACCUGGUGUGUGCCAAUGCCUGGAUGCUCGACCUGUUCCAGUCGGCUGUGAACAUGGGCUUCUUCAUUGGCUCCAUGGUCAUCGGCUUCCUGGCGGACAGGUUUGGCCGGAAACUCUGCCUCUUGGCCACCAUCCUCGUUAAUGCUUCUUCCGGGGUCCUCGUGGCCCUCUCGCCCUCCUACACAUGGACACUCAUCUUCCGUCUGAUCCAGGGGCUGGUCAGCAAGGCCAGCUGGCUAAUCGGCUACAUCCUGAUCACCGAGUUUGUUGGGCUGAGCUACCGCAGGACAGUGGGCAUCCUCUACCAGGUGGCCUUCACGGUGGGGCUCCUGGUGCUGGCCGGCGUGGCCUACACCAUCCCUCACUGGAGGUGGUUGCAGCUCACCGUCACGCUGCCCAACUUCUGCUUCCUGCUCUACUACUGUGAGUUCACGGGGCCUCGGAGACAAGCCAGAGGGUUCACCAGCUCUGUCCUCUACCAGGGCCUCAUCAUGCACAUGGGCCUGGCAGGCAGCAACAUCUACCUGGAUUUCACCUACUCUGCCCUGGUGGAAUUCCCGUCGGCCCUCCUCAUCAUGCUCACCAUCAACCGCAUCGGCCGCCGCUACCCCUGGGCCGCGUCCAACGUGGUGGCAGGGGCAGCCUGUCUCACCUCCGUCUUUAUCCCCCACGAUCUGCAGUGGCUGAGAGUCGUGGUAUCCUGCUUGGGCAGAAUGGGCGUCACGAUGGCCUACGAGAUGGUGUGCCUGGUGAAUACUGAGCUGUACCCCACCUUCAUCAGGAACCUGGGUGUCCUCGUCUGCUCCUCUAUGUGUGACAUCGGCGGCAUCAUCACGCCCUUCCUGGUCUACCGGCUGACAGACCUGUGGCAGGAGCUGCCACUGGUGGUGUUUGGUGUGCUGGGCUUGAUUGCGGGGCUGCUGGUGCUCCUCCUCCCCGAAACCAGAGGCAAGGCCUUGCCCGAGACCAUCGAGGAAGUCGAGGCCAUGCGGAGACCAAGAAAGAGGAAGCGAAAUGUGAUUUACCUCCAAGUCAAGAAGCGAGACAUUUCCCUCCACUGAGGACCGAGAUGGGGGCUCAUGCAGUGACCUCUCCCUGAUGACACAGGCUCAACAGUCGUCCCCUAAGCCUGACACCCCAGCCACGGGUCACUGCGAGCCCUCCCAGCUGGACCUGCGGCCCUGGAGCUGCAGAAUCCCUGUACCUGGAGGAACAUAGCCGCCACGCCCUCCAGCCCCUCGGCCUCCGGCUCCCCUGUCUCACUGUCAGGGCUGCUGGUUUGCUGAGAUAGCUUCCUCUCUGAAUUAUCUUUUCUCCGCUUCUUCAUCUUCAUCUUCAGGGGGUAUUGUGGGCCCUGAAGACAGAUUAAGAAACAAUUUCAUUAAUCAUACUUUUAUUUAUGUAAUUUUCUGUAAGAAACUGAUAACACCUUUUAAAAACAGGUUUUAGCAUGUGUCUAAAAUUCUGUAUGGAGGAGGCUUGGUGGUAGCACACCCAGUAGAGGACACAUGUUACAGUGUACAGCAAUCUGGGUUCAAGCCCCCAGUCCCCACCGGCAGGGGAGAAGCUUCGCACGCAGUGAAACUGAUGGUGUCUGUCUUUCUUCCUCUCGAACUCCUCUCCAUUCUUGAUUUCCCUCUGCACCCAUGCAAAAAUAAAUCAAUAAAUAAAAUUUAAAAAAUAAAUAAAUAAAUAGCUGGGGCC